AUGCUUUUCAAGUCCCUCUCCAUCCUCACCGCUGCCACUGCUGCUCUUGCAGCCGACCAGUACACACUCAAGGCCGCCAUUGGCCCCGGUGCAACAGGUCUCAAGCCGCUGCAGCUCCACGGAAACAACAUUGUCUACGGCCUGACCACGGGCUACUCGGACUUCCGAGCCGAGGACGACGGAAACACCAUCAAGUUGAUCGCCCAGGGCUUCCCUGGUCUGUCUCUAGAUGUUGCCCAGGACGGUGAGCUCAUUUUCAAGUCUCCUCCGGAGCCCAAGGAGGGCUUCUCCUUCAAGGGUGAUGGCCUCGUCAAGGACUUCGAGUUCAACGACUCCCAGGAAUUCUACUCCUGUAUCGACGAGACCGUGGGACCUCUUCAUCCCCCGAUUGUCUACGUCAAGACCGGCGACAAGUACGGUUGCAAGAAUCCCGUCAAGUUCACCAUUGCUGCAACCAAGGAGUAG